AUGUCCUCCACCACACCCAACAAACGCAUCUUCGCCCCCGGCGGCACAAACGACUCCCAACAAGCCCAACAAUACACAAAAGGCAGUCUAGACGCCUCCCAACUCGACGCCAACCCUUUGACUCAAUUCGACAUCUGGUUCCAACACGCCAACGCCGAAAAAGUGCACCAGCCAGAGACCGUAACGCUGAGUACUGCCGAACUGCCUUCAGGAAGGGUUAGUGCGCGAAUGGUGUAUUUGAAAGAGUUGGAUGAGAGGGGGUGGGUGGUGUACAGUAAUUGGGGCACGAGUAGGAAGGCAAGUGAUGUGAAGAGUAAUCCUCAAGCUAGCUUGACGUUCUGGUGGCAUGAGUUGGAGAGACAGGUUAGAGUCGAAGGAAAAGUGGAGAGAAUGACUAGUGAAGAGAGUCAAGUCUACUACGACACGCGCAUUCGAGGCAGCAGGCUGGGUGCUUGGGCCAGUCAGCAGAGCAGUGUCUUGAGCAGUCGCGAAGAGUUGGAGAAGCAAGUCGAAGACGUGGAGAAGCGAUUUGAUGGUCAAGACAAGAUUCCUGUCCCUGACUUCUGGGGUGGUAUUAGGAUUGUGCCCGAGAUGGUCGAGUUCUGGCAGGGCAGACCCAGUCGCUUGCACGACCGCUUCAGAUACACGAGGGACGAGAACACUGAGUCUGGUUGGAAGAUCGACAGACUGAGUCCUUAG